AUGAAAGUCUCGUCUUGUAUAAUUCCUGCUGCCCUCACAGCAGUUGCAGCUGCCUUUAAUAUCAACUGUAAUAGCAACUACGUUUCAUACUACGGCCAGAACUCUGCUGGAUCCCAGAAGUCCCUCGGCACCUACUGCCAGGAUGCGACUGAGGAUGUCAUCGUCCUGUCGUUCAUGAACAGCUUCCCUAACGUCCUCCUCAACUUUGCCAAUGCCUGUGAGACGACCUUCCCUGGCAGCACUCUGCUGCAUUGCCCUAGCAUGGCUGCUGAUAUCAAGUACUGCCAAUCUCAGGGUAAGGCUGUCGUCCUUUCCAUGGGUGGUGCCUCGGGUGCCUACGGAUUUUCGAGUGACUCUGAGGCUGCUGCCUUUGCCGACACCGUCUGGAACAAGUUUUUCAAGGGUACCGAUUCUCAGCGUCCGUUCGAUGAUGCUGUUCUUGAUGGCAUUGAUCUCGAUAUUGAGGGUGGUAGCACCUAUGGAUAUGCAGCUUUCAUCAACCAGCUGCGCUCACACUAUGCGUCAGAUCCAAGCAAGGAGUAUUACAUCGCGGCUGCUCCUCAGUGCCCGUUCCCUGAUGCAUGGAUCGGAUCGGCCUUGAACUCAGCUUGGUUCGACAUGGUAUUCGUGCAAUUCUACAACAACUACUGCGGCCUCAACGCAUACCCGACCUGGUUCAACUUUGGCGACUGGGACAACUGGGCCAAGAACAGUGCUGUUAACAAGGACGUCAAAAUCUUCAUUGGUGCCCCUGGAUCUCCUUCGGCUGCUGGUUCGGGCUAUGUUGAUGCAAGCACGCUGCAGACCAUCUACAACGACGUUCGUAGCAAGUACCCAAGCCUUGGUGGAAUUAUGACCUGGGAUAUCAGCCAAGCGCGUACUAACAGU